UCUUCUUCUUCAACUCAAUUCGGAGAGAUUUUUCUUAGCAGCCAAAGAUAUUAGGGAUCUUAUUCCUUUUUUUGUUUUCCUUUUUUUUUCUUCAAGAAAUUGGAAAACCUAAAUUGAAAUUGCCAGCAAAAGAAACACAAAAAAAAGAAAAAGAAAAAAAAAACCUAAUCUUUCUCUGAAUGGGCUCCGCCGCAGAUUCAUAUAUAGGGAGCUUGAUAAGCUUGACUUCGAAGAGUGAGAUUAGAUAUGAAGGCGUUCUUUACAACAUCAAUACUGAGGAGUCUAGUAUUGGACUUAGAAACGUACGAUCUUUUGGAACAGAAGGAAGGAAAAAGGAUGGACCACAAAUUUCUCCAAGUGACAAAGUUUAUGAGUAUAUACUGUUCCGUGGAGCUGACAUAAAGGAUUUACAAGUUAAAUCGUCUCCACCUGCACAGCCUGCGCCCCCACCAAUAAACAAUGAUCCUGCUAUUAUUCAGUCCCACUAUACUCGCCCAGUUUCCUCAUCAAGCUUGCCAGCUGCUGUUAGUGGGCCUUCAUCCGAUGUUGGUUCCCACGCUGCACAGAUGGGGCUCCCUGGGUCUAAUUUUCAAGGUGGGAUGCCACCCUUAUAUCAACCUGGAGGAAAUUUAGGGUCAUGGGGAGCGUCACCUCCUCCUCCAAGUGCAAAUGGAGGUGGGCUUGCUAUGCCACCAAUGUAUUGGCCAGGAUAUUAUGGCCCCUCUAAUGGGCUUCCUCAUUUACACCAGCAAUCUUUGCUUCAACCCCCACCUGGCCUAGCAAUGCCUUCUUCCCUGCAACAGCCAAUGCAGUAUCCUAAUUUUAAUGCUGCCUCUUUAUCCACUGGAGCAUCACAAUUGCCUGAGGUUCCAUCAACUUUGCUUUCUGCUGCUAGUUCUAGUUCGCCUAAUUUAAUCUCUACUUCUGUAUCACCAUCAACUUUGCCGUUGACUUUGCCAUCGACUCUGCCAUCAACUCUGCCUCCAGUGCUUUCAACUACAUUAGCUUCUGAAACAAUACCAAGCUCAGCAUCUAACAAGGCUCAAAAUCCAACCCUUUCUGCUUCCACCCUUAAUGCUAGUUUACCAUCACUGUCUCCAUUGACUACUUCAAGUCUAGAUAUGAAUACUGCUUUACCACCAAACACUAACAAAUCUGGUGCAACUUCUGGUUCAACUUUGCCAUACCAAGCUGUGUCUCAAUCUACUCCCUCUAUUGUUGGGUCAAGUAACUCUGUCCGCAUAGAUACACCAGCACCUUCUCUGGUAACUCCUGGUCAGUUGUUACAGUCUGGAGCUCCUGCAGUUUCUUCAUCUCAAUCUUUACAAGCAGCUCAUAAGGAUGUCGAGGUGGUUCAAGUAUCAUCAUCUGCGAUAGAUGUGCCAGUGCCGGUGGCAGUUUCAGAACCUCAGCCUCCAAUUUUGCCAUUACCCCAACCUGCAAGAGCUGGUCAAAGGCCAACUGGAGCUCCUUUCCAAAAUCGUUAUAGUUAUAGGGGGCGGGGAAGAGGACGAGGAACUGGGAGUUCACAACCAGUAAUAAAAUUCACUGAAGAUUUUGAUUUCACGGCAAUGAAUGAGAAGUUCAUGAAGGAUGAAGUUUGGGGUCAUCUUGGCAAGAGUAGUAAAUCUCAUCCAAAGGAUAGAGAGGGGGAUGGCAAAGUAAGUGAUGAAGAUGAUGCUGAAGAUGAUGCCGAAUCAUCAAAAUUUGAGAUAUCUGUGCCUGUCUAUAACAAGGAUGACUUCUUCGACUCCCUUUCUUGCAAUGCACUUGAUAAUCAAUCACAGAGUGGAAGAACUAGAUACUCUGAGCAAAUGAAGAUAGACACAGAGACUUUUGGUGAUUUUGCAAGGCAUAGGGGUGGUCGAGGCGGCCGUGGCCCUGCACGUGGUGGCCGUUUUCGUGGUGGUUACUAUGGAAGGGGAUAUGGCUACAAUGGGAGGGGACGUGGGCGUGCUACAUACAAUCACCCACAAUAGUUGUAAACUGCAUUUUGUGAAGUGGCCGGUGAAUGUACCUUAAGCUCAACGGCCCUCCAGUAACGAUUAUUCAGUGAUCAAAGCUAAUGGUGCCUUGGGCACCACAAAAAGAAGGGGCUAAAAUAAAAUUUUUCAUAUUUGUUGUAUUGUACUUUUUGUAGUUAAUUUUUCUCUACAUUUUUUUCCAUGUAAAACAAGUCUUUUUUUUUUUUUUUUUUUAAGUAGAAACAUAAAAUUUUAGGGUACAGCGGUUAUCAUUUUGUUGUUUGAGCCAGACUGAUUUUUUUUUUUUUUUUUUUAAAUAAAAUUGAAGAAUUGUCCUAGGCAGUACAUUCA